AUGACGGUUCUAUCUCGUUGUUUGGAAUUUCAAGCCGACCGCUUCGCUGUUAAUCUUGGAUAUGGGACUCAUCUGAAGUCUGCUUUGACGACUUUACAAAAGGACAAUUUGUCAUUUCCCGUAUCUGAUUGGUUGUAUUCCAUGUGCACCUAUUCGCAUCCACCGCUUCUUGAGCGUCUAUCUGCUAUCGACUCUUUAAUGCACAAGAACGAGUAA